AUGUUCACACCAGUGAGCCAAUUUCAGUGUUCCGAGAUUUCGCUGGCCAGCGAAUACACUGGACUGGCUCGAGACCUUAUCGCAGUGUGGCCUGCCCAAACCGAAAUCGACCGCAUCUGCCAGUUACCCCCUGAUCUUUCGAAACAUCUACACAUGUUAUUUCAGGCGCCUUCGCCUGCCUCGGAUAGUCCGCAACUCUGGUCCACGCAAGAGAUGCUACGACUACCACCGCCAGGCUCGCAUCCUGUUUUGAUAGCACAGAAGCUGCUCAUGCUAAGUAGUCUUUCGCAAGGAGCGCUCACAGUGUUUCCUGAAGCCCUUCGCGAUCACUAUGCGCAAAUAUCGCUCAAGGUUGUCGAAACCGCGUUUCGCCUCGUGACCACCAACGAAGAGCUGACUACUUCCGUUGAGGGCAUCGCAUGCAUCAUGAUCGAAGCCAUGAUUCGAAACCAUGCUGGAAAGCUUCAUCGCGCUUGGAUUUCACUGCGUCGUGCGAUAUCUAUUGCACAGUUGAUCGGUCUGCAUCGGAAUCAAAACUUGGCAUCCAACAGAUUCCUCGACCCUGGCACAAGAAGCAACUUUGAUGCUGAACAUAUGUGCCUUCAUAUGGUACAUAUGGAUCGCUACCUAUCACUUACCCUAGGGCUGCCAUAUUCCUCAUUAGAGUGCGCUGUCAGUGCAGCGUCACCAGCUGUUCAACCACUCGAUCGCCUGGCGCGUCUGCAGUGCGCCAUCGCAGAACGCAUAAUGAGACGAGAUGGAGACGAUAUCACAAAGGUGUUUGAGAUCGAUACGUCAUUGCGAAAAGCUAGCGACGAGAUGCCUCCUCAAUGGUGGCUGAUACCGAGCCUUGAGGAAAUCCGCAAAGGUGGACUUUAUCCAUUGCAGGAGACAAUGCGGAUCUGCUAUCAGUUAUCGCACUAUCAUCUUCUCAUUCGACUACACUUGCCUUGCCUAGUGUCAGGUGUGAGCAAACACAGUCACAGUAAGAUCGCAAUCGUCCACGCCAGCCGCGAGAUCCUUUCCCGUUUCAUCGCCUUUCGCGCGUGGACUCCUGGAGGGCUUUACUGCCGAAGCAUCGACUACCUUACCUUGAUUGCUCUGACAGCAAUGUGCGUUGCACGAAUCGAAGUACGAACGCACGCUGAUGCAUCUACAACGAGUUUCCUGGCGCAUACUCAUGUAAGCGAUCGCGGGUUGAUGGAGCGCACCCUCCAAAUCCUCAAAGACAUGGAGAACGAUGAGAUUGCUGCAAAGCUGUGCAUCAUAAUGCAACGCCUUCUGGAUGUUGAAGCAGAUGCAGCAACAGGUGUUGGAUAUAGCGCGGUCGUGACCAAGGGCGACGACACUGUAGCCGAGUGUGACGGAGAGCUCGUCGACAACGACGGCAGGCUUCAAGUUCACGUUCCGUACUUUGGUACCAUCAAGUUUCAGCCGAAGGUGCGAGGUACAACAGAGUCUGAGCUUGAGCGAUUGCUCCCUACACCCACUAAUGCGCCACCGAACGCUGCGGAGCAGCUAUUCACAGGAUGGGACGAGCAAUGGUUGCAGCCAUUGCCCGCAUUCGACGAUGACUGGACUCUACAGAAUAUCAACGGGAGCCUCUUUGGCAGCUUCUAUGGUGGCUUAGAUGGCGAGACUGUGUUGACACGAUAUUGA